UACAAGGACUGAGUCAUUCAAAGUGUUUCACUGGACUGAUUGUUGGGCAGGUAAAACUCUGCUUAAGUAGAAGGCGAGAGUCGAGCGGCAGUAUGUAUUGCUGUUGUCUUGCUGUCAAGGACUGUGAUGAAGGUAUAUCGUUCAGCUGUAGCACCCUUCCGGUGCCUAGCUGCCAUGUCAUCCGAAGGAAGCACGAGGGCUGGGAUACUGCCAGGUUGCCCAAGCCUAGACAGGGGAAGUCGAGUGGCGGAGGUCGGAUUCGAACCAAGGACCUUCCGAGCGCAGAUUUACUGACUGGGAGGCCCAUGAUUCGAACCCGAACUCUGCCUUCCGACUUCCCCUGUCUAGGCUUGGGCAACCUGGCAGUAUCUCAGUCCUCGUGCUUCCUUUUGUCGUUUUCAUGCCAUAUAACUCUGGUUACGAAAAUGCUGUAUUUCGAGGAUUUCAUGGAAGGUUGUUUAUUCCUUUCCCUCUAUACUAACGGCUUAGCCAUCGAAAACCUCCCAGGGGAGCUUACCGAAAGUCUUACAACCGUGCGACAGCUAGAUCUGCUUACACAAAGUAUACUAGAACCACUUGCUGAAGCAAACAGAACAUAUUUUGAAGAUUGCAAGUACAACAGGCUCUCCGAUUAUCAGCAGAACGUUCGGUAUUCGGAAAUUGUACGGGAGUACGAGAAGGCUCUUUCAAACUGUCGGGAAAAGCGGCAAAUUGUUGAGAAAAUCUAUAAUACGUACGAAAAACUGGUACGGAAGCUCGAUACGGAACUAGAAAAGUUCCGUCUUGAAUUGGAAGCAGAUAACUCAGGGAUAACCGAACAGAUUGAACAGCGCAUAACUGCUAUGCUAGGGAAGCCACAGAAUCCAACCGUCAAGCCGGAAAGGCGUAGGCAAAGAUUCCGCUACCAGUCAACUAGCCAUCACUUCAAAAAUCCUUUCUUGAUGCGCCGAAAGAUUAUUGGACAAGCAUGCCGUACCGCUUUGAAAUCCUCGACUGUUCGACAGGUGUUUCCUCAUAAGGGUGAGAACUCGCAUAUUGGGCGUCCAGGUGCACAGAAAGCCUUCCGUGCAAAGAUUUCCGUUCCCCAUCGGAUACCAAAACCGUCGGCCAUCCCUUCCUUUUUAGAGAGUACCACAAUAGGAUCGAAGUCAAAUGAAGAUAAUGGCUUUGCUCGACGGAGCCGACCGGUGGACUUUGCUAAUGAUCCUUCUUUGUUCAAUCCCGAAGGUGGUUUGGAGCCCAGGCCUUAUCCGUCCAUGAGCUCCAACACAAAGUCGUCCCUAGAGAUAGAGGAAGAAGAAUCCGCUGGGUUUGCCAAUGAUAUAACUUCCCUCACGUCAAGGAACUCACCACUUUUCAGUCUCCCAGCGCAUUCUGAAUUCGGUCCUGGGAUUCUGGAAAAGGGUGGACUCUCAGCUUCUGCUGUCCGAUCUCAGCGCGUGGGCUCUACCGGAGCAUCUUCAGAUGUUUCAGACUCCCCCAGCACGACUAGUCGGUCCAACUCUACCGUGUUGGUAGAUCAUCGAUUGGUGGGUGUACCUAGUCCGAUCGGGUGGCACGGUGUCAGCGGUAACCGUGAUCGCCGUUCCAGAGGUUCUCGCCGUCCUGGCCGUGAAGCACUUAUGGAUGAGCUUGGUUCUGACACAUUGCACUCGACGGACUUUGAUGAACCCCACUCUAACGCCCCCAGUACUACCACAGACGGUUUCUUCGAGUCGUCCUCCUUUGGUUUUGUUUCUGAUGUGAAGUUGGACAAUCCUGAAGAAGGCUUAGAAGACGACGAGGAUCAGAAACGUUAUUGCGUUUGUAACGACGUUAGUUACGGGGAUAUGAUUGCCUGUGACAAUCCAAAUUGCCCCUUUGAAUGGUUUCACUACAGUUGUGUUAGUUUGACGGUUGCACCUAAAGGUGAUUGGUAUUGUCCAAGUUGCAUAAAAACUUUUUCCAGUACAAAAAGUAUGAAAAAACGAAUCGGCCGACGACAGUAGUGUAUGUGGCACCUGUACAAUUAUCAUUCAUAUGCACACACAUUCUACGUAUUUCAACCGUUUUCAUAUUUAAACUACUGGGACCUCAAUAACUUUGGCAGCAUUUAGAAUACCCUCAGUCAGCUUGCGAUCCGAAUGGACGGUUGUCGAUUGUCAUCGAUUGGAAGACCGGAGCCUACGGUAGAAGUUUACUUUGGAUGUCAGUCUAGAGAUUUUCCAGUGUUCUUUGAAAAAUAUCCGACGGAUGUGUACUUCGAUGCGGUUUCAAAUGGCCGAAUUUCUGUAUUACUGGUAGAGAUGCAGUGAUCCCGGACGCUCUUAUUUCAGAUCAUGUCUCCUACGGACCAUUAUUACAUUAAUGAUUAACUUGCUUCCAUAAACAGUACCAUAUGAUGCCAUUACGACAAAAAAUUUUGGAAUCCUGCAAACGCUUUUAUGAUUCCGCCACAACCGAAUUCGCCCCCAGUCGUAGCGGCUGUCAUAACAGUUUUAUUCUACAUGCAAGUACAAAAUUUCGCAGUAUCUUCAUACCAUCAACGGAAUACGAAGCACUGAAUUGUGUCACAUUUUCACGCACUCCUAACUUCGAACAUUGUGUUGGUGUUU